AAUUGUAUAUAUUGUAAAAAGUAGUAUGAAACAGUUUGGGGAAAGCAGGAUGAUUCUUCUGCCACUAAUAUUCCUUUUGGCAGUGUCCCCUGCUGAAAGUCAAGGUUUACUUGAGAAUAUCAAAAGUAUUCUACAAAGACUGGAAAAUAUAAUUAAUGUUAUGGCUAAACUUAUAGCCACUAAGAUGUCAAACCAAGAAACAACCGUCAGACCGACUACUAGAAAGCUUUGUAUACCAACAUCUACAACUCAUUUUAAAAGUAAAAAGACACAAUCUACAAAACGUAGGACAUCCCAACAAUUUGAGGAAAGAGGCCAUUCUACACAAACCAGAAGCACAGAACAAUAUCACUCUUCUGUUAUAUUCAGUCAUCAGAAUUCCGCCAAACAAAGAGUCUCUUUUAGCACAGGAUCCAACACUCAACCAGCGUCCAUUAAUAUCAAAAUACCUAAUGAUACAAUCCAAACUCCUUCAACCAAACAUUCUGAUUAUAGACCACCAUCAGUAUCAGAAAAUAGUACAGAAAAAUAUACCUCUGCUGUGACUAUAACACAAAAGAACUCUUCUAGCACUGGUUAUAGCAGUCAUUCAACAUUCAACAGUUAUUCUACACUUUCUUCUAUUCAUAAAACCAAUCAAACAUUUUCAUUAAAAACUAUGAUAUUCCAAAGUACUGAAGAAAAUAAGCACUCAGAGCCCACCAGCAGAGCAGUAUUGCCUAAUGUUACCAUACAUGUUACUCACAUGUCAAGAACUAGUAAUAGAAACGCAGUCCCUUCUUAUGCUAAUUUGACCAUCAGCCACCUGUUGUCAAAUAGUACAGAAAGAUCUUCAAGCACCAGCACUGGCUCCAGCAGUAGGUCAGCUUCCAACAGUUACUCUCCACCUUCUGCUACUCAUGAAACCAUAAGUAAACCAAUUUUAUUAACAACUGAGGAAAAUAAGCAUUCAGAACCAACUAGCAGAUCAGAGAUGUCUUACUUUGCCAUUAAUACCACCCAUAUGACAUCAAAUAGUAAUAGAAGCACAGUCUCUUCUUAUCCUACUGUGAUCAUCAACCACAUGUCAUCAAACAAUACAGAGAGCUCUUCCAGUACUAGUUCAAGAAGCAUGCCAACUUCCAACAACCACCCUCAACUUUCUUCUAUUUAUAAAACCAUACAUCAGCCAUCUUCAUUAAAAACGACAAUGUUCAAAAGUACUGAAGAAAAUAAGCAUUCAGGACUAACUAGCAGAGCAGAACUGUCUUAUUUUACCAUGAAUACCACCCAUAUGUCAUCAAGUAGUAAAAGAAGCACAGUCCCUUCUUACCCUUCAGCGACUAUCAGUCAUCUGUUAUCAAACAAUAUAGAAACUUCUUCAAGCAUUGUUUCCAGUGACUCUCCACUUUCUGCUAUUCAUGAAACCAUAAAUCAGUCAUCUGUAUUAAAAACUGCAAUAUUCCAAAUGACUGAAGAAAAUAAGCAUUCAGAGCCAACUAGCACAGCAGAAGUGUCUUACGUUACCUUGAAUGUGACUCAUAUGUUAUCAACUAAUAACAGAAGCGAAAUCUCUUCUUAUCCUACUGUGACCAUCAGUCACAUGUCAUCAAACAAUACAGAGAGUUCUUCCAGUACUAGUUCAAGAAGCAUGUCAACUUCCAACAACCACCCUCAACAUUCUUCUAUUCAUAAAACCAUACAUCAGCCAUUUUCAUUAAAAACGACAAUGUUCAAAAGUACUGAAGAAAAUAAGCAUUCAGGACUAACUAGCAGAGCAGAACUGUCUUAUUUUACCAUGAAUACCACCCAUAUGUCAUCAAGUAGUAAAAGAAGCACAGUCCCUUCUUACCCUUCAGCGACUAUCAGUCAUCUGUUAUCAAACAAUAUAGAAACUUCUUCAAGCAUUGUUUCCAGUGACUCUCCACUUUCUGCUAUUCAUGAAACCAUAAAUCAGUCAUCUGUAUUAAAAACUGCAAUAUUCCAAAUGACUGAAGAAAAUAAGCAUUCAGAGCCAACUAGCACAGCAGAAGUGUCUUACGUUACCUUGAAUGUGACUCAUAUGUUAUCAACUAAUAACAGAAGCGAAAUCUCUUCUUAUCCUACUGUGACCAUCAGUCACAUGUCAUCAAACAAUACAGAGAGUUCUUCCAGUACUAGUUCAAGAAGCAUGCCAACUUCCAACAACCACCCUCAACUUUCUUCUAUUUAUAAAACCAUACAUCAGCCAUCUUCAUUAAAAACGACAAUGUUCAAAAGUACUGAAGAAAAUAAGCAUUCAGGACUAACUAGCAGAGCAGAACUGUCUUAUUUUACCAUGAAUACCACCCAUAUGUCAUCAAGUAGCAAAAGAAGCACAGUCCCUUCUUACCCUUCAGCGACUAUCAGUCAUCUGUUAUCAAACAAUAUAGAAACUUCUUCAAGCAUUGUUUCCAGUGACUCUCCACUUUCUGCUAUUCAUGAAACCAUAAAUCAGUCAUCUGUAUUAAAAACUGCAAUAUUCCAAAUGACUGAAGAAAAUAAGCAUUCAGAGCCAACUAGCACAGCAGAAGUGUCUUACGUUACCUUGAAUGUGACUCAUAUGUUAUCAACUAAUAACAGAAGCGAAAUCUCUUCUUAUCCUACUGUGACCAUCAGUCACAUGUCAUCAAACAAUACAGAGAGUUCUUCCAGUACUAGUUCAAGAAGCAUGUCAACUUCCAACAACCACCCUCAACAUUCUUCUAUUCAUAAAACCAUACAUCAGCCAUUUUCAUUAAAAACGACAAUGUUCAAAAGUACUGAAGAAAAUAAGCAUUCAGGACUAACUAGCAGAGCAGAACUGUCUUAUUUUACCAUGAAUACCACCCAUAUGUCAUCAAGUAGUAAAAGAAGCACAGUCCCUUCUUACCCUUCAGCGACUAUCAGUCAUCUGUUAUCAAACAAUAUAGAAACUUCUUCAAGCAUUGUUUCCAGUGACUCUCCACUUUCUGCUAUUCAUGAAACCAUAAAUCAGUCAUCUGUAUUAAAAACUGCAAUAUUCCAAAUGACUGAAGAAAAUAAGCAUUCAGAGCCAACUAGCACAGCAGAAGUGUCUUACGUUACCUUGAAUGUGACUCAUAUGUUAUCAACUAAUAACAGAAGCGAAAUCUCUUCUUAUCCUACUGUGACCAUCAGUCACAUGUCAUCAAACAAUACAGAGAGUUCUUCCAGUACUAGUUCAAGAAGCAUGUCAACUUCCAACAACCACCCUCAACAUUCUUCUAUUCAUAAAACCAUACAUCAGCCAUUUUCAUUAAAAACGACAAUGUUCAAAAGUACUGAAGAAAAUAAGCAUUCAGGACUAACUAGCAGAGCAGAACUGUCUUAUUUUACCAUGAAUACCACCCAUAUGUCAUCAAGUAGUAAAAGAAGCACAGUCCCUUCUUACCCUUCAGUGACUAUCAGUCAUCUGUUAUCAAACAAUAUAGAAACUUCUUCAAGCAUUGUUUCCAGUGACUCUCCACUUUCUGCUAUUCAUGAAACCAUAAAUCAGUCAUCUGUAUUAAAAACUGCAAUAUUCCAAAUGACUGAAGAAAAUAAGCAUUCAGAGCCAACUAGCACAGCAGAAGUGUCUUACGUUACCUUGAAUGUGACUCAUAUGUUAUCAACUAAUAACAGAAGCGAAAUUUCUUCUUAUCCUACUGUCACCAUCAGUCACAUGUCAUCAAACAAUACAGAGAGCUCUUCCAGUACUAGUUCAAGAAGCAUGCCAACUUCCAACAACCACCCCCAACAUUCUUCUAUUCAUAAAACCAUAAGUCAGCCAUCUUCAUUAACAACUACAAUGUUCAAAAGUACUGAAGAAAAUAAGCAUUCAGGACGAACUAGCAGAGCAGAACUGUCUUAUUUUACCAUGAAUACCACCCAUAUGUCAUCAAGUAGUAAUAGAAGCACAGUCCCUUCUUAUCCUUCAGCGACUAUCAGUCAUCUGUUAUCAAACAAUAUAGAAACUUCUUCAAGCAUUGGUUCCAGUAACCCGUUGUCUUCUAACAGUUACUCUCCACUUUCUGCUAUUCAUGAAACCAUAAGUCAGUCAUCUGUAUUAAAAACUGCAAUAUUCCAAAUGACUGAAGAAAAUAAGCAUUCAGAGCCAACUAGCACAGCAGAAGUGUCUUACGUUACCUUGAAUGUGACUCGUAUGUUAUCAACUAAUAACAGAAGCGAAAUUUCUUCUUAUCCUACUGUCACCAUCAGUCACAUGUCAUCAAACAAUACAGAGAGCUCUUCCAGUACUAGUUCAAGAAGCAUGCCAACUUCCAACAACCACCCUCAACAUUCUUCUAUUCAUAAAACCAUAAGUCAGCCAUCUUCAUUAACAACUACAAUGUUCAAAAGUACUGAAGAAAAUAAGCAUUCAGGACUAACUAGCAGAGCAGAACUGUCUUAUUUUACCAUGAAUACCACCCAUAUGUCAUCAAGUAGUAAUAGAAGCACAGUCCCUUCUUAUCCUUCAGUGACUAUCAGCCAUCUGUUAUCAAACAAUAUAGAAACUUCUUCAAGCAUUGGUUCCAGUAACCCGUUGUCUUCGAACAGUUACUUUCCACUUUCUGCUAUUCAUGAAACCAUAAAUCAGUCAUCUGUAUUAAAAACUGCAAUAUUCCAAAUGACUGAGGAAAACAGGCAUUCAGAGCCAACUAGCACAGCAGAAGUGUCUUACGUUACCAUGAAUGCCACUCAUGUGUCAUUAACUAGUAACAGAAGUGCAAUCACUUCUUAUCCUACUGUGACCAUCAGUCACAUAUCAUCAGACAAUACAGAGAGCUCUUACAGUACUAGUUCAAGUAGCAUAUCAACAUCCAGCAACUACUCUCAACUUUCUACUCUUCACAAAACAAUAAGUCAGCCAUUUUCAUUAAAAACAACAAUAUUCCAAAGUACUAAAGAAAAAAAUCAUUCAGAACUAACUAACAGAGCAGACACGUUUAAUUUUACCAUGAGUACUACUCAUGUGUUAUCAGUUACUAAUAGAGAUACAACCCCUUCUUAUCCUAUGGUAACCAUCAACCAUCUGUUUUCAAACAAUACUGAGAACUCUUUGAGCACUGGUUUCAGAAGUCACUCAUCUUCAAACAGUUACUCUCCAGUUUCUGCUAUUCAUAAAACCAUUGGUCAAACAUCAUCAUUAAAAACUAUGAUAUUUCAAAGCACUGAAAAAAAUAAGCAUUUAAAACCAACCAGCAUAGCAGAAAUAUCCUACUUUACCAGGAAUGCCACCCAUAUGUCAUCAACUAUUCAUAGAAAUAUGGACCCUUCUUAUUCUACUGUACCUAAAAACCACCUGUCAUCAAACAAUACAGAAAGCAUUUCCAUGAUUGGUUCAAGCAGUCAAUCCACUUCAAACAGUUACUCUCCACUUUCUGCUAUUAAUGAAACUAUAAGUCAGCCAUUUUCAUUUAAAAACAUGAUAGUCCAAAGUACUGAAGAAAAUGAACCUUCAGGGGCAACCAACAUAGCAAAAAUGUCUUACUUUACAAGAAAUGCCACUCAAUUAUCAAUAACUAAUAAUACUGACUCGUAUUAUCCUACUGUAACCAUCAGCCACCUGUUAUCGAACAGUACAGAAAGCUCCUCCAUAACUGAUUCUAUCAGUCAGUCUGCUUCCAACAGUUACUCUCCACUUUUUCCUAUACUUAACACCAGUCAGCCAGCCUCAUUAAAAACUAUUAUAUUUCAAAGCACUGAAAAAAAUAAACAUUCAGAGCCAACCAGCAUAAAAGAAAUACCAUUCUUUACCAGUAAUGACACCUAUAUGUCUUCAACUUUUAAUAUGGACCCUUCUUAUUCUACUGUAACCGUUAGCCACCUGUUAUCAAACAGUACGGAGAGUUAUUCCAGCACUGGUUUCAGUCAGCCAGCUUUCAAUAGUUACUCUCCGCUUUCUGCUAUUCAUACAACCAAGCAUCAACCAUUUUCAUUGCAAACUAUUCUAUUCCAAAGUUCUGAAGAAAAUAAGCAUUUAAAGCAAACCAGUAGAGCAGAAAUAUCUUCCUUUACCAAAAAUGCCACUCAUGUGUCAUCAUCAAUUAAUAGAAAAACAGUCUCUUCUUUUCCUGCUUUGACCAUCAGCCACCUGUUAUCGAGCAAUAUUGAGAUUUCUUCUAACGCUGGUUAUAGCAGUCAGACAACUUCCAAUGCUUACUCUCCACUUUCUGCUAUUCCUAAAACCAUAAGUCAGCCAUCUUUAUUAAAAACUGUGAUAUCUCAAAGUACAUUGGAGCAUAAGCAUUCACAGCCAACCAGCAAAGCAGAAAUGUCCUAUUUUACCAGGGACGCCAGUCAUAUGUCAUCAACUAGUAGUAGAAACGCAGUUCCCUCUUAUCCUACAGUGACAAUCAGCCAUCUGUUAUCAAACAGUACAGAGAGCCCUUCCAUUUUUGGUACUAGUCAUCAGCCAGCUUCCAACAGUUACUCUUCACUUUCUACUAUUCACAGAACCGUAAUUCAGCCAUCUUCAUUAAAAACGACAAUAUUCCAAAAUACUGAAGAAAAUACACCUUCAGAGUCAACCACCAGGGCAGAACUGUCUUACAUUACUAAGGUUGCCACUCGUAUGCCAUCAACUAAUAACCUAACCAUGGUCCCUUCAUAUUCAACUGUAACCAUCAGCCAGCUCUUAUUGAACAAUACAGAGAGCUCUGCCAGCAGUGGUUCCAGCAGUCAACCAGCUUCCAACAGUUAUCCUCCACUUUCUGCUAUUCAUAAAUCCACAAGUCAGACAUCUGUAUUACAAACUAUGAUAUUACAAAGUACUAAAGAAAAUAAGCAUUCAGAGCCAGCUAGCAGAGCAGAAAUGUCCUACUUUACCAUAAAUGCCAAUGAUACAACAUCAACUAGUAAUCGAAACGCAGUCUCCUCUAAAGAGAUCACAAAUGACCCAACAUCAACCGAAAUCACAGAAAAAUGGGACUCUGCUGUGACUGUUAUUAACCUGUUAUCAACCAAAAUAAAGAUCCUUGCAGGCACUGAUUCCAGUAACAGUGAACCUUCUGCUAUUAACACUAUAAGUCAACACACUUCAACAAACACUGUAAAACAUGUAAAUACAGAAGAAAAUAGCCAAUCAGUAACAACAGAAAAUGAAAAGGUAUUAAAAUCUACUGGAUCCAUCAGCCAGCCAUUAACUAAGCAUUCAGGGACAUCACAUUCUAUAAUCAGCCACAAUUUAUCUAAAAACACAAUUCCUACCAACAUAAAAUCCAGUAGUUAUACAACUUUUGGCAGUAACCAAGAACCUUCGUUUUCUACUGAGACCAUAAAACAACCACUUUCUCCUAAAGAUAUUACAUACAAUAGUACUGAACAAAGCAAAAACAUAGCAUCAACAAAAAACACAAAAACAUCUCACUCUUUUGUGACUAUAAGCAAUCAGUUACUAACAAACACAUGGAUCUCUUCUAGUGUCGAACCAAGUAUUGAGUCAGCUUCUAUCAGUUACAUAGAAACUUUUCCUUCCACUGACACUGUAAGACAACCACUUUCAAUCACAAGUGUGACACCACUCAGUAAAGAAGGAAAUAAGGAUUUGGCAUCAUUCAAUACCACAGAAGAAGUCUACCCCACAACAAUAAAUUCUUUUUCAUCAUUUAUGACUUCUGCUGAAACACUUCCCUCUGAGGUGAAUAAGGGAGACCAUUUAAUUACUAGUUUAAAUACCCCUUCCAAAACUGAAUCCAGUAAUCAAUCAGUUUCUACCAGUAACACUUUAAAUUCUACUAAGGCCACAAGCCAACCACCUUCAACCAAAAGUGUGACACCCCUGAUUGGAGAAGGAAGCAACCAUUCAAUACCUUUCAUUGGCUCAGAAACAACACUCCAUGCAGUAUCACUAAGUACAGAUAUUUUGUCUGCCAUUUUUCACUCAACUACCUUUAGUACUAUAAUACCUUCUGCUACAACUAAGACCAUAAUCCAAACACUUUCCACCAAUCAUGUGACAUCCCCAGAUAAAAAAGAAACCAGUCAUUUUGCACAAACUAAUAAUAAAUUGCCUCUCUUUAACACAACUAGCAGUUAUCUAUUAUCCACUAGCAUAAAUGUUGGACCUAGAAGUCAAUCAUCCUCUACCAGUAUCAUGGCACUUUCAAAUACCUUUGAGGCUACAAGCCGAUUGCCUUCAACCAAAAUUGUUUCACUGACCAAUAGAGAAGGAAAAAACUUUACAUUACCUUCCAGUGGCACUGAAAGAACACACCCUGCUGUAUCAGCCAGCCAACAUUUUUUAACCAGAACAGUUAACUCUUCUGCAAAUGGGACCAUUAUUCACUCAGUUCCAACCAGUAACACAGUACCUUUUCAUACAGUUGGGGCCAUAAACCAAACUGCUUCAGCCACAAGUGUGGCAUCUCUUGGUACAAAAGAAAGCAAACAUUCAAAAUCAACCAGUAACACAGAAACACCUAUGUUAAAGAUAACUAACAUUCACCUUUUACCCACUAUCUUAACAAUAUCUUCCAGCAGUGGACUCCCAAGCCAAUCAGCUUUCAAAAGUAACACAGCACUUAUAAAAACUAACAAGACCACAAGGCAACUAUCUGGUACAGAUACAACAAACCCUAUUGUAUCAUUUCACCAUUUAUCAUCACCAACUACAAGGGUCUUUACCACUAUUGGGACCAACACUUACUAUGAUUUGACUAGAAGCACAGUAGAUUCUCAUUCAGCCCAAAUGCCUUCAACCAAAAGUAUGUCAUCCCGGGGUGAAAAUGAAAGCAACCAUUCAACCUAUAAAACAAAACCAACUCCUUCUAAAGUGACCCUCAGCAAUAUGUUAACUGCUGGAAUAACUAACUAUUCCAUCACUGGACCAAAGAGCGAAUCAGCAUCCACCGGUAACAUCAUUUCAAAUAUUACUGAGGCCACAAGCCAACAGUCCUCAACCAAUAGUGUGACCUCACCCAGUUCAGAAGGAAGAAAUUAUUCAGAGCUAGCAAGUGAAACAGGAAAAACAUACUCUACAGUACCAAUUAACCAAGUUUUAUCAGCAAGCACAAAAAAAUCUUCUUCCAUUGCAGCCAAUACUCACUCAGUUUCUACCAAUAACAUUUUACUUUCAAAUGCGACUGGUGACAAAAACCAAACAUCCUUAACAAAAAGUAUAACAUCAUCUGGUAAAAAAGGAAACUUCCAUUCAGCAAUCACCAAUAAUACUGAAACAAAUCAAUCUAAGGUGACUUACAAUCAACUAUUUUCCAUUGGUAAUAUUAUCUCUACCAGCACUGGACCAAUAAGUCAACCUGCUUCCACCAUAAGCAUAGCACUUUUGAAUACUACUGAGGCAACCAACCAACUUCACUUAACCACAAGAGUGACAACCCCCAAUAAUGAAGGAAACAAAUAUUCAGAACCAGCCAAUACAGCAGAUAAAACAUACCCUACAGUACCAAUUAGCAAUGUUUUAUUUAUCAGCACAAGUAACUAUUCUGCCAUUGGUACCACUACUCACUCAGAUUCCACCACUAGUAUUUUACCUUCUCAAACUGUGGACAAUAACCAAAUAACUUUAACGAAAAAGGAAAACUACCAUUCAGCAACAACUGAAAACAAUAAAACAACUUACUCAGAGUAUGAAUGGAAACAACCAUUCAGAACUGACCAACAGAGCAGAAAAAACACAUCCUACCGCAUCCUACAGCACAAGCAACUCUUACACCAGUUGGACCACUACUUCCUCCACUUCCUCCAGUACCACAGUGUUGGUUCAUGUAGCGGGGACCACAACCCAACCAUCUUCAAGCAAAAGUUUGACAUCCCCAGUUCCUUCCUCAAACAUUGGACUUCCAUUCUGGGCUAUCAUCCUGAUUUGUUUAGCUGUCAUACUUGUUGUAGGUUUAUUGCUGACUGGAUGCUUUUUGAUUGCUUUUUUCAGAAGAAGAAGACAUAGACGUCACGGAAUUUAUCAUGUGACUGAAUUCUAAAUUUUAUGGACCUGCAACUAUUUGGAUUAAACUGACUUUCUCUGAAUGUAUUCAAAUUGUGUCUAUAAUUCAACGCAACAUCUGUUGCAUGAAAUACUGAUAUGUAACACAACUAUGGAGAUAAAGGACAAUUUAUGGUUGCAAAGGACUAUAACCAUCAGUAUUACUGUGUCAAUAUGUCUUCAGUUCAAUAGUAAUUUAUACAGUAUAUAUAUAUAU